UAUUUAAUAAUGUUGAGCUGUUAUAUCUCUACAGCAGCUUCCUUAGUGUUUUUGCCUUUGAUUUUGUAGUUCUACUUCCCCAGCAAUGCACAUGAAGCUUUCAUCUCAACCUGUCAAAGAGGACAUAGUCUCCAUUAGUCUCAGUUGUUAAAUGAAUUCCGUGUCACCCACCUCAGUGCAGUACUUAAGCCAGGAAGAGUUGCACCAUUCAGAUGGAAGGCAGUUUUUUAAUCCCCGAGCCAGCAGCCAGGGAGGGAGCUAUCCAGGGUUUUUCUCCAGAAGUGCCACCUGCAGCCAGUAUAGCGAACCUGAUGAAGUGGACAAGAUCAAGAGCAAGCUCCUCUCUACCUGGAACAAUAUGAAAUAUGGUUGGACUCUCAGAAUCAAAACUAAUUUCAGCAAGCUUUCCCCAAUCCAUCUGUUUGGACGUGUCUAUCACUUUGGAGAACAGGAGGAUGUGGAGCGCUUCCAGAAAGACUUUGCCUCUCAUAUCUGGCUGACUUACCGUCGAGAUUUUCAGCAGCUCGAAGGCACUGCAUGGACCACUGAUUGUGGCUGGGGCUGUAUGUUGCGCAGUGGGCAGAUGCUGCUUGCUCAAGGUCUCCUUGUCCAUCUUCUUAGCAAAGACUGGAUCUGGUCAGAUGUCCUUAUCACUACCAAUUUGACAGAUAUGCAGCCUGUGAAAGCUGCCUCUCUGCCCUGUCCCAGUGUCUCCCAUCUGCACCAAACUUCAUCCAUCCCCACUAAUAGGACCAUAGGCCCCUGGGAGUUGUGGGCUCAUCGGCAUACCUGCAGAUCUGAUGAACUGGAGAAGGAGUGUUAUCACCGUAAGAUUAUUUCAUGGUUUGCAGAUCAGCCACAAGCACCCUUUGGGAUUCACAAACUAGUUGAUCUUGGGCAUAAUUCAGGGAAAAAAGCUGGAGAUUGGUAUGGCCCAUCUGUUACUGCCCACAUCCUCAGGAAAGCAGUGGAUUGCUCUAUAGAAGCAGGCAAUCUGGUAAUAUAUGUAUCUCAGGAUUGCACAGUAUACAAAGGGGAUGUGGCACAUCUAGCCAAGAAGAAUAACAGCAGGACUCCAUGGGAUCCUGAGGCAGAAUGGAAAGCAGUCAUUAUCCUAGUGCCCAUGCGAUUGGGUGGAGAGACUUUUAAUCCUGCCUAUGUGGAGUGCAUCAAGGAGCUGUUGAAAUUAGAUUUCUGCAUUGGAAUUAUUGGAGGGAAACCAAAACACUCACUCUACUUUGUUGGAUAUCAAGAUGACUUCCUGUUAUACUUGGAUCCCCAUUAUUGUCAGCCUUUUGUGGAUACUACUAAGGAGAACUUUCCUGUAGAGACUUUCCACUGUAAUUACCCUCAAAAAACAUCAUUCACAAAGUUGGAUCCCAGCUGUACUAUUGGGUUCUAUGUACGUCACAGAAUGGAAUUUGAACAUCUCUGCUUGGACUUAACUCGGAUCCUAAACUAUGCAGCUACCAAAGAAAAAUAUCCCAUGUUCUCGGUUGUGGAGGGCUGCGCUCAAGAAUAUGAUUUGGAAGAGCUGUGUGCCCAUUUUGCCCAGCAAACUGUGCAAGUCCAACGGCAUAGUAAAUGGGACAGGAUAAAGAAGCCCUCAGCUGAGGAAUUUGUCAUCUUAUGAUUGCUGGCUAGGCAGACCCACCACCUCAGACUUAUUUAUUAUUUAUAUAGAGAAUGUAGGCUUGAAAUAGACUUGCAUUUCUUAAGUCCAAAAAAGAAAUCUGGGACAAAGCAGUUGUCUCUGCUGCUCUGACCUGUAGUACCUCAGAAGUUCCUUAUGGGAGACACUGCAAAAAAAUUACCUUGGGGUCCCUAAACCCGAACGGGGACCUAUUCUCACUUCUAGGCUGCUAACAUAAGGUCAUGACACUGGAAUAAACCUGCUGAAUAUAAAAAAAGGACAUUUAGUACUAAAAUGAUAGUCUUGACCUUUUUUUGAGUACAAAGGAAACAAUCAGAUGAGAAUCAUUAAGGGGACUGUAGCUUCAGAUUUGUCUUUCCUGGUGACACUGAAUACCAGCCUGAAAACAAGAGCUUCCUUUUCAUCAGUGUUAGACUUGUUUUAUAGGAC